AUGGUGGCACCGUCGUGGUUGCUGCUCCUCGACCUCGCCGCCGCCUCCACCGCCGGGGUACUUCAAGCUCGUGCUCAGCCCGACAGCUUUGGUUUCAUCAGCAUAGACUGCGGCCUGCUGGGGACAGCGAACUCCGUGGACGGCGACACCAAUCUGUCGUACGCCCCGGACGCCGCCUUCACCAACGCCGGCUCCAACAGCAACAUCUCGGCCGAGUACAUCACGCCGACGCUCGCCAAGCGCUACCUCAACGUGCGCAGCUUCCCCGACGGCGCGCGCAACUGCUACACGCUCCGCUCCACUGUUGCGGGGCUCAAGUACCUCCUGCGCGCGGAGUUCAAGUACGGCAACUACGACGGCCUCAACCGGCCGCCCGUCUUCGACCUCUACGCCGGCGUCAACUUCUGGACCAUGGUGAACGUCUCGAGCCCGGACGACGUGAAGAUGCUGGAGGCGAUAGUCGUCGUGCCGGACGACUACGUGGACGUCUGCCUGGUGAACACCGGCUCCGGGACGCCGUUCAUCUCCGCGCUGGAGCUGAGGCCGCUCAAGAGCUCGCUCUACCCGCAAGCGAAAGCGAUGCAGGGUCUGGUCCUGUUCGGGAGGAUCAACUUCGGGCAGGCCGAAGCUAUUGUCAGGUACCCUGAUGAUCCACACGACAGAGUAUGGCUCCCGCCUUAUGCCGACGCCAUCGUCUGGGACGUGAUGUCGACGACGGAGAAGGUGCAGAACCUGAGGAGCGACGAGUUCGAGGCGCCGUCCAAGGUGAUGCAGAUGGCGAUCACCACGCGCAACACAUCGAACAACAUCACGUUCAACUGGGAGUCCCAGCCGCAGCCGAGGGACCCGUCCCCGGGGUACAUACCCAUCGUGUACUUCUCCGAGCUGCAGCGCCUGUCCAGCAACGCCGUGCGCGAGUUCUUACUCGGGAUCAACGGCGAGGUGUGGCCGCGGUGGAGGCCAGACUACCUUUACUCUGACUACAGCUACAGAGACGAUCCCUUGCCGGCCUCCGAUCGGUACAACGUCAGCAUCAACGCCACCGCCAACUCCACGCUGCCGCCGUUCAUCAACGCCAUCGAGGUCUACUCCGUCAUCUCCACCACCGGCGUCGGAACGCACUCCUCAGAUGUAUCUGCCAUCACCGACGUCAAGGUGAAGUAUGGGGUGAAGAAGAACUGGGCCGGUGACCCGUGCAGUCCGAAGAAUUUUGCCUGGGACGGGUUGACUUGCAGUUAUGCCAUAUCCAGUCGUUCGAGAAUCACGGGCGUAAAUAUAUCUUCCAGUGGCUUGGACGGCGAUAUAUCAUCUUCUUUUGCAAACCUCAAGGCCGUCCAAUAUUUGGAUUUAUCACAUAACAACUUGACCGGCUCAAUUCCAGACGCACUUUCACAAUUAUCAUCACUGACAGUUCUAGAUCUGACAAGCAACCAGCUGAGUGGAUCGAUACCCGAUGGACUUCUGAAAAGAAUUAAAGACGGCUCCCUAAGUCUACGACAUGACAAUAACCCAAACCUUUGCAACAACGCCGAUUCAUGUAAGCCGCCAAAUGCAGAGGGGAAAAGCAAGCUUGCUGUCUACAUUGCCGUCCCUGUAGUUCUGGUUGUGGCGACAAAACUUAUGACUAUAUAUUGUAUGUGCCACUCAGGAUCGACGCCGAUGAGCUAUGCACCCACGUCCCUAGCACCAAGUGACGUGUAUGCACAGAGCUCACUGCACCUUGAGAAUCGCCGGUUCACGUACAAGGAGUUGGAAAUGGUCACGAAUAACUUCCGGCACGUGCUCGGCCGAGGAGGGUUUGGGAAAGUCUACGACGGAUUCUUGGAGGAUGGCACUCAAGUGGCCGUCAAGCUGCGGUCUCAGUCUUCCAAUCAGGGUGUGAAGGAGUUCCUCAUGGAGGCUCAGAUCUUAACACGAAUUCAUCACAAGAAUCUCGUUUCCAUGAUCGGUUACUGCAAGGAUGGCCAGUACAUGGCACUUGUGUAUGAGUACAUGUCCGAAGGCACCCUACAAGAGCAGAUUGCAGGAAACGGUCGUAAUGGAAAACGCUUAACAUGGAGGCAAAGGCUUCGAAUUGCACUGGACUCAGCUCAAGGGUUGGAGUAUCUGCACAAGGGGUGCAACCCACCUCUCAUUCAUAGGGAUGUGAAGGCGACUAAUAUCCUAUUAAAUGCAAAAUUGGAGGCCAAGAUUGCUGACUUCGGCUUGUCCAAGGCUUUCAGUACCGAUAAUGAGGCUCAUAUAUCAACUAAUGCGCUCGUUGGUACACCUGGAUACGUUGAUCCAGAGUACCAGGCAACUAUGCAGCCAACAACCAAGAGUGAUGUUUACAGCUUCGGUGUUGUGCUGCUGGAGCUGGUCACAGGGAGGCAGGCCAUUCUAUCUGACCCAGAGCCUACCAGCAUCAUCCAAUGGGUGAGACGACGCUUGGCACGAGGCAACAUUGAGGAUGUUUUUGACAAGCGAAUGCGUGGCGAGUAUGAUGUCAAUAGUGCAUGGAAGGUUGCGGAUAUUGCACUUAAGUGCACCGUGCAAGCAUCAGUGCAACGACCUACAAUGACCGACGUGGUGGCACAGUUGCAGGAAUGCCUUGAGCUAGAGGAGGGGAACCGCACCAGUGGUACAAGGGGUAGCUUCUACACCGGAAGUAGUAGCGACUUCGACUCGGGCUACAAUGCGUACACAGUUGAUAACCAGUCAACUGAUGUGAGCCAGACCAGAACUGCAUUUGAGAUGGAGCAUAAUUUUGGGAAGGUGCCAAGAAUGGGCAGAGGUCCUGUUGCACGAUAA